GUGUUUAUACUCAGUCAGUUUGGCGUUGCAGGAUCGUGCGGCAGGGUGCACGAAGGGGACGUCUGUUGUGGAAGCUAGCUAGUUGCAAGCAUUGAAAAUGAAGAUGCCAGCCAGCUAGCUAGCUAACUAACUGAGCUUUACAACUGGCUGGGGAGUCAGGCAUUGAUCGCUAACCGGGGAUGUUAUAUCAGUAUGCUGCCUGAUUCUUAGCCCCCUAGAGCAUUCCAGGAGACCGCAAGGGCCCUUCCGCCAAUGGGAGUCCGGCCACGCCUCCGGCCCGCCCACACAGCGCAGCCAGUGAAGAUGGCUGCCGUCGCUCUUCGCCUGCACCGGAGUGGACUGAGGCAGAGACGCGAGUUACCAUGGUGAUCAUUCACACUAAAACACUGGAAAAGAAGAAGGGUGUCGAUGAUGUAACGUCCAGGGAGUCGGACUUGGAGCUGCGGGAGCAGCAGGCCAUGAUAAGCCAGGGAACGACCCUCUUCUCCUGCGGUGUUAUGGGGGCGGAUCGGUGGCGGGACCUGGGGCGGAGCUGUGCAGUCCAGCGGGCACCAGUGGGGGCCAGCCUGGAGAGCCUGUGGGACGUGGUGCCGGAGGCGUGCCCAGGGGGCGUGGGCUGGGGUAAGGAGGCGGGCACGGCCGGCGCCGUCUCCAUCACCAGCCUGAUCCGGGACCUUAGCCUCAGCGACGCCCAGGCCGCCCCUUCUGCCUCACCCACCCCGUCCGCGGCCCCGCCCAGCAAGCGCCAAUGCCGCUCGCUCUCCUGCUCGGACGAGCCGGGCGGCUGCCGGUCGCCGUGGCGCCCGCAGGGCUCGCGGGUGUGGACGUCGGUGGAGAAGCGGCGGUGCCACAGCGGGGGCAGCGUGCAGCGCGGUGCGGCCGGCGGCGGGGGCGCGGCCGGCGGGGGGGCCUUCCCCGCCAUGCAGCGCAGCUCCAGCUUCAGCCUGCCCGCCCGCUCCAACGCCCUGCCCCUGGGCUUCGAGCUGCCCUGCUUCACCUUCACCGGCCUGCAGCCCUCCUCCUCCCCCUCCCCCUCCCCCGGCCAGCCCCCGCGGCCCCUCUACCUCUCUCACGAACAGAUCUGCCUCCCGGGGGAGGCGCGGGACCCCGUGGGGGCCGGCUCCCCGGACUCUACCCCCGAGCUGGACCGCCGUGCGGGCCCCGGGGGCCUAGCCAGGAGUCGCUCGCAGCCCUGCGUCCUGAACGACAAGAAGAUCGGCAUGAAGCGCCGGAGGCCCGAGGACACGCAGGAGGCCCGGCCCUCCCUCAGCCUGGCCAAGAUGACCCAGAAACUCCAGAAUUUCCACAGCCUCAGCUGCCCUGGAAUAACUGGGUCAGACUGCUGCCAAUCAAGCCCCUCCUCCCCGCCUUACAGUAGCACCGGCCAAUGUGUGACUGAUUUAAGCUCCGCUUGCCACCUCGAGCCUCAACAGGGCACCAAAGCAGGCGGGGGCAACAAGGACGACCUGUCCAGCGAGGAGCUAGACAGCGACACCGCCGGCAGCGGGGACUCGACGGUCGGGACGGGGAAUGGGGAGGAGGCAGAGACUCUUUGGGAGGGGUUGCAUAGGAACGGGAAGGACCUCUACCAGCUCGGGGGCGAGCUGGACAUUGAGCAGAUUGAGAGGAACUGAGUGGGGGUGGGGGGGAAAGCUCUCUGAAAGCAGAACGCAAGCGGAGGAUGUUGUGGAGAAGGUUGUGGAGAAGGCAGGAGCACAUGAAGGGCCAAGCAAGUGGGAUUAUGGGAAAGCAGACGUAUGACCCAGACUGUCUCAGAGGACUUUUUUUUU